GUGACAUGUCAUUUCCUUGCCCAACCCAACAAAAGUGGGACCCACCAAAAUUACGAAUUUGCCAUCAUCUUCUUCCUCCAUCAAACAAACCCAGCACCAAACAAACCCAGCACCAAACAAAACCAACACUUGCGUUGAAUCGAACCCAACAACGCCCUUUUUUUUUUUUCCUUCCUCUUGCCUUGCUUUCUUCAUCAUCAUCAAACACAUCAUCAUCAAACACCAAACCCACAAAAAAAUAUAUAUAUUUUUUACCCCUGGGUUCCUUUGAACCCAACUCCUGUUGGGUUCCAUGGAACCCAGCGCCUGGGUUCCGACGUGGGUUCCAUGGAACCUAGGCGCUGGGUUCCAAGCUAGGUUCCAUGGAACCCAGGCGUGGGUUCGCCUGGGAACCCAGUGCCUGGGUUCUGGCAUGGGUUGGAACCCAGGCGUAACCCCUGGGUUCCUUGGAACCCAACCCGGGCAAGCGUGCUGGGUUCGCAAGGAACCCAGCGCCUGGGUGGGUUCGAAGGAACCCAGGCCUGCUGGGUUCCAAGGGGAAAGAGAAGGGAAAGGGGAAGGAGAAAGGGAAAGGGAAAGGAGGAGAAAGAAAAAGAAAAAAGAAAUAAAAAGAUAAAAGAAAAAAAAUUAAAAUUUUAUUUUUCAU